GGUGGAUGCUUCAUUUGUGUCCAACGUCGAUUUAUACCCGCAGAGGCAGGGUUCAACCCUUCCUCGAGGCAUUCCUUAACCUUUAAAAUGUUCUGCAUGAAGCCUACCCCAGUUGCGCCAGAUCGCCGUAUAAUCAGAGUUAAGAUCAUAGGGCCGUUGGAAUGAUUAACCCUUCGCACUACGAACGCCUGCUAAUUGUUCGUAGACGUGGCAUGGUCACGCAAGUCGUCCAUGUGCCCUCACUCAACGCCUUAUCCCACCUCUUUCAGAUCACAUGCCGUUGCGAUGUCUCUGAGGAAGCUAUGAAAUACAGCCAUGUCAAGGUCCCAGGCACCUCUAGGCCCAAUACGAGGUUAGACGUCGACGAACUAUGCAGUGCGCCGGAAAUGGAACUAGUCUUGAUAGCAAGUAAUCAUGCCUUGCACGCAUCCGAAGCUGUACUCGCGCCGCAAGCCAACGAGUACGUGGUUAUUGAGAAGCCAAUUGCUUUGAAUUUGCAAGAUACGAACCGUAUUAUUGGACCAAAUCCAGUUUUCCUCGGGCAACCCGGAACGUAUCCAAGGACAUUUCACGAUUAUCGCGAGUCGGAUUGUUAAGCGUAGACAGAUGCUGAUAUGGAGCAACCCCUCCAAGUUGAGCUUGGAAUCACCAUCACGAAGGAGACGGCUAUGAUGUGGGAGAUACUCUCUA